AUGACGUCGUGCACUGAGGGCCCACUUCGGGACCCGAAUUGUUCUCCGCCAAUCCCUUUCCUGUCGGGUCAAGGUUGGACCAGAAGACUUAAGAGGGAACGAGCUUUGGUCCUUGAGGAACUCCUGCAGGGCAUCGACCAGCUCCUCGGAGAUAGUCUCCACGCUCGGGUACUCGGAGCUCCGCCCGACCCCGAUGCACUUGCACACGGCGUAGAACUCGCUCAGCUCCCGAAACUGCCUGACGGCCCGCGUGCACGCCUGGAAGGCUUCCACACAGUUCUGAAACUGCAGGUAAAAGAAGUUGUCAAGCACGAGCUUCAGCCCGUUCGAGACAUCCCUAUACAAGUCGAAGCUUUCCCGCACGACCACCCGGUUCGAUGGGGUUGGGCCCGUCGGCCGUGUCCCCACGGCCCGGUCGAGCAGUCGCUGCCAGCACGCGAUCUGGUCAAGCAUGGCAGCAGGCUUCAUGUCACGGGCAACGGGUGUCGGGCCUUUGGUCCGGCGCCCACGGGUCGGGCCCGACCGGCGCUGGAGCUUCCCCGUGAGGAAGCACUCGAGGCGCUCGUCGAGGUAGAGCGCGUAGGUGCGAACGAAGGCGGUAAAGUCCCACGGGCUCGAGGAGUUGGAGGCGUCUCGGAAGGAGGAGAGGUUGAGGAUGCGGGCCCCACGACGCAUGGCGAGGAGGACCUCUCGAGGAAAGUAGGGGUCGCCGUCUUGGAAGACGCGAAGGACGAGGACGAGAGACUUGAGGGCGACGGCCCAGUUGCGGGUGCGGGAGAUACGGCGGGCGACAGCGCGGGCGCAGGCGGCGGCGUAGAAUUUAUUAGACGAGACAAGGCGGAGGACGUCGUCGAUCGAGCCGUGGUCAGUCGGGAGGCUGUCGUCGUCGUGGGUGGUGGCACGGAGGAUGGCCACCUCAAGGGACGUGUAGGGGGUGCUCGAGACCUUGGCGAGGCCGAUGCUGGCCGAGUCCUUGACGACCCCAAGGGCUUUCAAGAACUUGCUUGGCAUGGUUGUUGA